AAGAAAAAUAUGAUGGUGGUUUGGUUUUGAAUCCAAGAAAAAAUCCAAAUAAUCGCCCUGUUGCUAAUGUAGAUUUUACAUCUUAUUAUCCAAAUACCAUAAUCACGAAUAAUAUUUUUUUAGAUACUUGUGUAAAUAUUGAUUCACAAGAAGAAAAUCUAAAUGUGAUAAUUGAUAAUGGAAUAGUUUAUGAUAAAUUUAGACAACAUAAUAAUGAAGAAACAAAAAUGAGAUUAAUGCCAUUGAUCAAAAAAAAUAUGAAAAAAGCCAAAAACAAACAAGAAUAUUCUUAUUAUAAUUCUUUACAAAAUGCUCUUAAAACAAUUGCAAAUUCUAUUUACGGUGAAACUG